AUGACAAACAGUCGGUUAAUUCUACACUCUAAUUUUUGUUUAAAAGAUACCUCCGCAACAGUUCCACAAGUGAGCACAUCCACGUCAACACCAACAACACUCACUGGUAAUCAAACUUCACUGACAUCCACACUUUCGAGUCAACCGACAGAAUCUGUGGGGACAACAUCAGCUCCAACUAACACCACAACAUCAAGUACUGUAGGCACAAAUACCUCCGCAACAGUUCCACAAGUGAGCACAUCCACGUCAACACCAACAACACUCACUGGUAAUCAAACUUCACUGACAUCCACACUUUCGAGUCAACCGACAGAAUCUGUGGGGACAACAUCAGCUCCAACUAACACCACAACAUCAAGUACUGUAGGCACAAAUACCUCCGCAACAGUUCCACAAGUGAGCACAUCCACGUCAACACCAACAACACUCACUGGUAAUCAAACUUCACUGACAUCCACACUUUCGAGUCAACCGACAGAAUCUGUGGGGACAACAUCAGCUCCAACUAACACCACAACAUCAAGUACUGUAGGCACAAAUACCUCCGCAACAGUUCCACAAGUGAGCACAUCCACGUCAACACCAACAACACUCACUGGUAAUCAAACUUCACUGACAUCCACACUUUCGAGUCAACCGACAGAAUCUGUGGGGACAACAUCAGCUCCAACUAACACCACAACAUCAAGUACUGUAGGCACAAAUACAACGGGAACAGUUGAAGAAAAUAGUACAAUUAAUGCCAUUAAGACUUCAUUCACAACAAGCACAUCUGUAAUGGAUUUCAAUGCAUCCACAACCAUGUCAGUAUUAACGACUAAAGCAUCUACUGAUAAACUAACUGAAAUAACCUCUACAUUCUUGAGUCAAUCAACGCAAUCCGUCACUAAUUUAUUUACAAACGCUUCGACGUUGACUACCAUUGAAACGACAACCACUACGACAACCUAUGUUAAUAGAGUAACCACAGCGUUUCAAGUCAAAGCAAUUAUAUACGCUAUCACUACUGGCAGGUAUGUUCCAUGGUCAAAUGAUUAUGCUGAUAAAACAACGAGUGCUUAUAAAACCUUGGCUACAAACUACUGUUCUUUGCUAUUGCAGAGUUUACUAACACAAAAUACACAAAUAACUCGUGGCGCAACUUGUACAUUAAUUGGAUUCAUUCAAACUACACUAAAUUCACCUUCUAAACGACAAAUUCAAAGCUCUAACAAUAUUACAACUGAUGCUGUUCAAGGCAAUGCACAAACUGAAUUACAAACAUUAGCUGGUUCACAGUUAAAUCAAGCGCAAUUUUCACAAAUAUUAUUUAGUGGUUAUCAAAAGCUUAAUUUAUCAAGUGGAAAUUAUCUAACCGGAAUUAAUACAACACGGAUUUCACCAACUAUUACAUGUUCACAAACUCGAUCACUUUGUGGUGAACAUGCAUCAUGUCGAAAUACUGACAACGGUGUUACAUGUACAUGUGAUCCAAUGUGGAAAGAUGUAAAUCCAGAUGAUCCAGGAAAAAAUUGUACACUACAUCCUGGAACAAUUGCAUUAAUUGUAUUUGCUGCUAUUCUAUUAACUAUUGCUAUGGCUGCAUUAAUCUAUUUUCUAGUUCGAACGAAAUCAAUGAAACAAUUACGAUUAAAAUAA